UCCAUUCUCCACCCAUCCCUCCCCCUUCCUGUUCCUGAAUCUCGCGCAGAGGAAUUUUGACCCGCGGGAGGAGCCGUAGUUGUCGUUCUUGCCGGGAGCGGGUGACUUGGAGAUGUCGCAGAGGAAAGAGUCUGGAGACAAGAGGGGCCAGCCAUCGAGUCCUCGGCAGGCCCCGGUCACCAUCAGCGACGUGCAGGAGCUGGUGAGGCGGAAGGAUGAGAUCGAGGCGCAGAUCAAGGCCUACUAUGAAGUGCUGGAGGACCAAAAAGGAGUUGGGAUGAAUGAACCUCUGGUUGACAUCGAGGGAUAUCCUCGUGCAGACGUUGAUGUAUAUCAAGUUCGUACAGCAAGGCACAACAUCAUCUGUCUGCAGAAUGACCACAAAGCUCUGAUGAAGCAGGUAGAGGAAGCCUUGCACCAACUCCAUGCCAGGGGGAAAGAGAAGCAAGCAAAAGACGCAGCUGAGGCCCAGAAUGAGGCUAUGAACCAGGGCCAGGGUUCAAGCUGGGGACCAGGUCAGAGCUUGCCUCAGCCUUUUGCAAAAGUGAACAGCAUCAGCCCUGGCUCUCCUGCCAGCAAUUCGGGUCUCCAAGUGGAUGAUGAGAUUGUGGAGUUCGGCUCAGUCAAUACCCACAAUUUCCAGAAUCUGCAGAACAUCGGAACAGUGGUCCAGCACAGUGAAGGGCAUCCUUUGAAUGUGACUGUGCUCCGGAGAGGUGAGAGACUCCAGCUUAGACUUGUUCCAAUGCGCUGGGCUGGGAAAGGAUUGCUAGGCUGCAAUAUUAUUCCCUUGCAAAGAUGACUGCCCUUCAGGACCAAUGAAAAAGAGGACCCUCCCUUCCCAUCGCCUGGACUGGGAGGUGGUUUGAAUUUCCCCAUCUUCAGCUCCCGUUUGGAUGGGUGAACUCUCAGAUGUUGGAGAUGCUCCUCCAACAAGGGUUUUGACCAACACAGGCUUCCUGGAUGAAAGUGUGGUUAAAACUUUGUAUUUGCUUAGCAUCUCUUGCAGUUUAUGCCUUGGUCUUUAAUGAAAAUUAUUUUUGCUUGUGGGUCAGUGGACAGGAGUUUAAUUUGCCAGUAUUUAUACUCUUUUGGAAGUUGCUUUAAUUUUUUAAUUUUAAUUUAAAUUUUUAAAACUUUAGAUAAGGGGAUAUGAUUUGCAGGAUACUGCUAUGUUGUCCACAUACGUAUAUAUGUAUAUAGCAUAUAAAUAUUUGAUCCAUCUAAACCAAAGCGUAUGAGGUUAGAAUCUUCCCACAGAAACUCAUAGACGAGAAGGUGCCAGUAGAGAUGAACUGCUUGGGCAUUUCUCAAGUUAUAACUUGACCAACUUCAUUGAUUUCCAAGGUGUAUCAUCUUUUACUGGGUUGGCACUAUUGAAGGCAGAGUAUAAUACUAUCAAGCCAAAGGGGGGUGAAGUCUCUGGAGUAUGAAUGGCUGGGUUGGGAUAUGGUCAAUCUUGAGUGUAAACAUGGACCACUUCUGUGACUUUGGGGGAAGGUGCUCAAUCAUAAUGGGACAUGCCUGCCUUUUGUCUCCACAAGGGGGCAGCAGGGUCUUCUAUUUCUGCAGUCUGGGUCAGAGAAACCCACAUUUCCCCAGCCUCGGUUCUCUGUCUCUUCCAUCACAGCCGGGCGUUCAAGUGGUAGGGUGGCAGUUGUGAACAUGGACAGUGACAUUAAGCGAUGGACCUUUGCUGAGGGCCUGAGUUUUUUAAACAGGUACUCGAAUAAAUCUUAAGUGAUUUGAAGUUACUGCCUAUCACCCUUGUAGCUAUUCUGCCUCUUUCCAGUGCACAACUGAGAGAUGUUUCCUCAUGGAAGAAAAGACAACUGAGUUGAGAUUAGGCAGAGCCAUUGUUUACCAUCAGAAUAUCUGUCUAUGCAGCCAAAAUGUCAUCCUUCAUUGAUGAAGUGAAGGCUCAGGUGGGCAGUGGGAGCCACUUAGUUCUCCUACUCAACUGGAAGUUUCCUGUUCAGCGUGUUUCCCCAUAUGGAAAAGUUGGACCCCCAACUGUGUUCCUUCCACAGCCAGUCUUCGAUUGUAACUGCAGACAUGCUGUGUUUACCAGUGUUUUGCUGUUUGAAUUGCAAGCAUUCUCACUACUCCAAGUGUUUUCAGAUCCCCUUUGCCUACAUCCCAGACAGUUUAAUAAACCCAGCCUAUGCCAUCCUG